CUUUGGCAUAUGUUCGCACACCAUUUUCCUACCCAUCUAAACCCAAAGCCCAUUGAGUCGAGUGCUGGGGGGAGCUGUUGGUGCAACCGCCGAGCGUCGUCGUUAACAAUUCCAUUUCCCUGAAACAGUAUGGGGUGGAAAAUUGGCGCGCGAGUUUCAGUUCGCUUCGAGGGACAGUGAAGAGCGAAUGUAGUUGAAACCAAAAAUCUUAAUAAACUUCUUGGAAAUCAGCCUAAACAUGAACCUGGAAUACCGUCAAGUGAAUCAAAAUCUACAACAACACUUGGACAGAUUUUUCCGCACCGAUAAUGCACUGGUUGAGGUUUAUCCAGGCCGGGUGAUGAUGCCCAGGAAGUUCCAACAAAUUGGCGAAGACAUUAAAAACUUCGAAAUCCGAGAGGAUGACGUAUGGUUGAUGUCCUAUCCGAGGGCGGGCUCGACUUGGGCUCAGGAAAUGAUUUGGCUGCUGGGAAACAAUCUGGACUACGAGGGAGCCAAAAACAUCCAGCAAGUUCGGACACCUCUACUGGAACUCUCCGCCAUAUUUUCCGAAGAUCGCAGCGUUGAGGAUUUUGUUACGGAACACAAAAAGGUCAACUCAGUAACGUGCGUGGAAAACAUGCCCAGUCCACGGUUCGCCAAGUGCCAUCUACCUUGGCAGCUUUUGCCGAAUCAAAUGGACCAGGUGCGGCCCAGAAUGAUCUACAUCGCCCGAAAUCCUAAGGAUCUGUGCGUAUCCUACUACUACUACUGCCAGCUAAUUCACCAAACCGAUGGGAGCUUUGAGGACUUCUGCGAGAUCUUUCUGGCGGACAACGCACCCAUUGGACCGAUGUGGGCCCAUAUGCUCUCGUUCUGGAAACGACGCAAUCAGCCCAAUAUCCUGUUUCUCAAGUACGAAGACAUGAAGCGAAAACUCCCAACGGUGAUACGCCAAACCGCUGAGUUCAUGAACGUUGGUCGUUACUUCACGGACGACGAUGUUCAAAAAUUGUGCGAUCAUCUGCAGUUCGACAGGAUGCAGAAGAACCCAGCCGUCAACAUGGAACCGCUGAUGAAGAAUUCGGCCCAGAUCGAUGACAAAGCCGGUGUUAAGUUCAUCCGAAAGGGAGCGAUCGGGGACUGGAAGAAUCACAUGAGUGAGGAACUAUCGCGCCGGUUCGAUGCUUGGAUUAGCGAACACUUCGACGGAACGGGACUGGAGUUUGAAUAUGAAUAGCGAUGUGCGUGGUGUUAAUUUGAUAUUUUAUUGUUGUGCAUUUUAGCUCAUUAGUUGUAAGGUACUUAAUAUUGCACGGGUGCAUUGGUGUUGCUAAUAAAAAGGCAAAAGAAUCAGACCAGAUAAACAA